AUGGACUAUUCUCACUUGCAUACACCCUCACACCCCUUUGAGCAGGACUUCCCGGAGGUCAUCGAGGAUACGCUGGAGGAUGGUCCAGCUGUGCGAGUCAAGUUCAACCGUCGAGGCACCCUUCUGGCAGCAGGCUGCACAGACGGAACCAUUGUCGUCUGGGACUUUGACACCCGGGGUGUCUCCCGGUCAUUGAUCGGCCAUGUCAAAACUAUCACCAGUCUCAGCUGGUCGCGCAAUGGCCGAUAUCUGUUGUCAUCAUCAAUGGACUGGAGUUGUAUUGUGUGGGACUUGCUGACAGGAUCCAAGAAACACACCGUUCGAUUCGAUACUCCAGUCCUCAAUGCACAAUUCCAUCCAAAGAAUAACUCUGUGUUUAUUGCGGCAUUAUUUCAAGAGGAACCGGUGUUUGUCGACUUUUCGAAUGGAGUUCAGCAAUCGCCAAUACUCAAGGAAAGUGCAGGGGUUACCGGGAAGGGGACAGAUGUGGCGACUACUACGAGCACUGCACAGUCCCGAUGGACAAUGGUAGCCACAUUUGACAAGUACGGGAAGAAGAUCUACACAGGAUCAAAUCGAGGAUAUAUUAACAUUAUCGAUACCGAGACCCGGACUAUGCUGUAUGAAAUCCGCCCGACGUUGAGCGCCAUCAAGAAUAUCCAGUUCAGCAGGAGGGGGAAAGAAAUGGUGGUGAAUGCCAAUGACAGGAUCAUCCGCCUAUUUGCAACACGGGACGAUGGACCACCAGAACAACAACACAAAUUCCAGGAUUUGGUUAACAAGAUUCAUUGGAACCAAUGCUGUCUCUCAAGCGACUCGGACUAUGUCAUUGGAGGCUCAGCUCAUCAGGCAGAGCACAACAUUUUCAUCUGGGACCGGAUCGGUGGCAACCUAGUCAAGAUCCUGGAAGGACCCAAAGAGCCACUGGAAGAUCUGACAUGGCAUCCUAUACGACCGAUUGUUGCCUCAGUAUCAAGCUACGGAACGAUUCACAUCUGGGCUACCAAUUAUCAGGAGAACUGGAGUGCAUUCGCACCUGACUUUAAGGAACUCGAGGAGAACAUCGACUAUGAAGAACGCGAGGACGAGUUUGACAUUGUACCGGAAGAAGAAGCCUCGAAACGAAGACACGAUGACGAGGAUGUCAUCAUUGACGUGACGACGAUUGAGAAGGCCAACCCGUACAACGAUUCAGACAGCGAAGACGACGAGGAAGAAACAUUCUACCUCCCACUCUUGCCCAGCGACCAGCAGGAUGAGGAACACCUGCAUACCAAACACCACCACCGCCACAGUCGUAGACACACUACCACUCACCGACAUAACAGUCAACACGGUGGUCGGGAUCGUCAUGACAGUCAUCAUCACUUGAACUCCAAACAGGAUUCUGGCAGCAAUAAUAAUAACAACAACUCGACGACGAGCCAUCAUCAUAACAGAGACGGCGGCGCCGACUCGGCUGCGGAUGCUUACAAGGACGGCAACCACCAUCAGCGGGGACGAGAUCACAAGGACCGUGACCAUGGAAGCCACGGCAGCGACAAGAUUUCCUCAUCUUCGUCGUCCUCAAAACCAAAGAAGCGGUCUGAUGAGUACUCUGACCAUCAAGACGGAGGACGUGAUUACGAGAACGGUCAUCUUAGUCUUGGUGGUGGUCAUGGUCACACUUCUGGAAACGGAUACGACCGGGAUCAGCAGAAUCUGCAGCAACAGCAUUCACGGCGGAAACUAGAGGACUCUCAGUUGCACUCUCGAAGCAUCAAGAGACAGCGGUGA